CCAAAACAAACUAUAGAGUAGUACAAUGAGGAGAAGAUGUGAAUCAUGGCCUGAUUCUACGCUGAGUGGCCUUGCAAAAAUGAGAAAUGCUUACCUCGAGGCUGUCACACAGCCUUGGGUUGAUGAAGGGGAGCUGGAGCUCUAAAAUGGCCGACACAACAGCUGCCUCGCUGUGAUUGGCCCAACCUGGAUUAUGUCAUCAGCAACCCGCCUUCCGGCGACGACUUCAUUUGGUUCAAUCUCGAUGCCCGCAUCAACCUUGCGACGACCAUCUCCAAUUGACCACCAGCGCCGCCACAAUGUUCGCCGCACGACAGAGGGCAGUUUGCGCGGCCCGCCAGCUGCAGCGGACAUGCCGAACCUAUGCGUCCGAGGCCCACGGCCACCACUCGUCUGCGCCCGUUAACGAGUCCUUCGGGAAAGGAUCCGUGAUUACUCUCGGCGCGCUUCUGGGCACUGUCCUCGUCUUCCAGUUCCGCCCACAGGAGAGCGAGACCUGGAACGGCGUGCUCGCCAAGUACCGAUCAAAGGCUGAGGACUGGGAGGCCAUCAAUUCUCUGCACACCAAGGCGAUGGAGCAGGCUGGUUACGACAGGAACCUGUUUGAAAAUGCAUCAACCAAGCGCGCAUAUGUCGACAUCUCAUACCCCGAGGCUUUCACAUCUCACGCUCAACGAAACAUCCAGGCUGGUCACCUCCCCAACAUUGACCACGUUGUAGAACAUUACCGACAGCAGCACUUGAAGGUGGAGGAGAAGAAGGCGGCCAAGCUUGCCGCCGCGAAGAAGGAUGAGUAGGGGUGGCAGCGCUGAGUUAUAUCCAAUUCAUAGAAAAAAAAAUUCUGCAAUCAACCAAUGAGCCUGUUGGAUGUGUGAUACCCGUGCGCUCAGCUUUUUGUGACCAUAGUAAGGCCUGCUGAAGCCACAUCGUGCCUGCUGAAUCAGGAACAGGACAUUGGCGUCUUGGUAUAACACAUUUCGCGAGUUGUAAUAGUAAGAUAUCUGCUCUUUUCAUAGACCCAUCUGCAAUAAUACGAUUGUCUC